GAGAGGACAGAGAGAAGGACGGAGAAGGUUCAGGAUUGGAGAGUUUGGCCCAGUGGAGACACUCAGGAGCUCAGGUCUCAGUUGGAGGAGCCUCGGAUCUUUGAUUCCUCAGUGGUCUGUUAGUACUGAGUUUCUGAGUGCAGGUACUGAGGAUGGGGGUGAAGACGUUGAUGGUGUGUCUGCUGGGUGCACUGGUUGGUCAGGCGUGGAGCGCUGCAGAACAUCAACGCAAUGAGGAAGAGCUUCCUCCUCUGGUCCUCUACCCCUGGAGAAAUCAAGGAAGGGGAUUGGUCCGGGUGAGGAGAGACUGGAUCAUCCCUCCAAUCAGAGUGUUGGAGAACAGCAAGCAGGUUCCUGAAAACCUUGUCCAGAUCAAAUCGGACAAAAUCUUUACAGGUGAGGUGAUCUACAAGUUGGAGGGACCGGGGGUGGACCAGGAGCCCAAGAAUCUGUUUGAGAUCGACGAUAUAACGGGGAUGAUCAGGAGCAAGCGGCCACUGGACCGAGAGAGACACAGAAGCUUCACGCUAAAAGCCUUUGCGCUGUCGCCCAGUGGAGAGAGACUAGAGAAUCCCACCACCAUAGAGAUAGUAGUGCUGGAUCAGAACGACAACAGACCCGCUUUCAUCCAGAGGGAGUUUGUCGGUGCUGUCUCUGAGUUCUCUGUUCCAGGCACAUCAGUGAUGACAGUCUCAGCCACUGAUGCAGACGACCCAAUGACAGAAAACGCCUUUCUGAGCUACUCCAUCCUUGGCCAGGAGAGUGAUCCUGCCAACGCCAUCAGCAAGACCAUGUUUGGGAUUAACAACGAGACGGGAGCCAUCUACACGAGGGACGUCGGCCUGGACAGAGAGGUGGUGAAAAGUUUCAGAUUGAGAGUGCAGGUUGCUGACAUGGGGGGCAUGGGACUAACAGGGGAAGGUGUGGCGGUCAUACAUGUAUCUGACAUCAACAACCAUGCUCCACAGUUCAGCCCUGUCUCGUACAUUAUGACAGCAGUGGAGAACAGGCAGGACUACGAGAUCGGCCGGGUGAAUGUGACGGACAGAGACGAUCGGGGAGCAGGAAACUGGGAGGCCAAAUAUUUUAUUGCCGAUGAUCCUGAUGGAAAUUUCGCCAUCGCUACAGACCCCGUCACCAACCAGGGCGUCCUGUCAGUAGUUAAGCCUCUGGAUUUCGAAGCACAUAGUGAGCAUGUGCUGAGUGUAACUGUGGAAAACGUCAACAGUCUGAGCAACAAGGCUCCCAACCUCCCAGCGAGCUCUGCUAUGGUGGUGGUCAGUGUUACGAAUGAGAACGAAGCUCCACAUUUCAGGGAGGACCCGAUUCAGAUCGUGGUCCCUGAGUCGGUGGUGCCCGGGACCCUCCUGAAGAGCAACAUCGCCUUUGACCCUGAUUAUUCUGAGCUGAGAUAUGAGAUCGUCAGGGAUCCGGAGAAAUGGCUGGACAUCAACAGAGAUACAGGAGAAAUUAGAGCCAAGAGAACCUUUAACAUGAGAUCUCCAAAUGUUAAGAACCGUAUCUACACUGCUGUGGUGAAGGUGACAGGUCAGGACGGUGGUGGUGUGUCGACCACAGCCACAGUCGUCAUCACCCUGAAGGAGACCAAUGACUUCCCCCCUCAGCUGUUUCCUCUGAGCGGCUCCCUGUGCAGGGGUGCACACCGCACACGCUCUGGCCUGAUGGUGACGGCGGUGGAUGAGGAUCUCCCUCCGCACACUGCACCCUUCACCUUUGAAAUGUCAGAUCAUCUGUCAGUCAACUGGACUGUUCAUCAAGUCAAUGACACUCAUGCUGUGCUUCAGCCCCUGGUGGAGCUGGAGGCAGGAGAGUAUGCAGUCACAGUGCUGGUGUCAGACUCCGGCAGCCCAACUCUGAGCGCCUACGCUCAGGUCAACAUCACCGUGUGUCCCUGCGACUCCUUCGGAGACUGUAAGACUGAGGCCGGGGCUGUCUCAAGUACCAGUGUGGGAAUCAGCUUCAUCGCUCUCAUUAUCAUCAUGGCCUGUGUUGCACUCCUACUGGUGCUGCUGCUCCUGGCUGUGGCAGCGACCACCUGCCGGAGACGCCACCACAUCAAGAAAGGAGGCGGUCUGCUUGUCGGGGAAUCGGAGGAUGACAUCCGGGACAACGUCAUCAACUAUGACGAGCAGGGAGGGGGUGAGGAGGACGAGAACGCCUUUAACAUCGACAUGCUGUGGACUCCCCAUGAUGCACCUUCAACCCCAGGGUCAUACUGCCCGAUGCCCCGUGUCCCUCGAGGCAAGCAGCCCCUCAGGAUGGACGCCCCACACAACCUGCCCUCGCCCAGCUACCCAAGGAGACCUCCUGCAGAUCCUACUGACAUCGAGGAGUACAUCAAUGACGGCCUAGAAGCAGCAGACAACGAUCCCAACGUGCCUCCAUACGACACAGCUCUGAUCUACGACUAUGAGGGAGAGGGAUCCCUGGCAGGCAGCCUCAGCUCCAUCGCCUCAGGCAGCUCGGACGGAGACCAAGACUACGACUACCUCAACAACUGGGGACCACGCUUCCAGAAACUGGCCAACAUGUAUGACCCACGUUAA